CAACCCCUUCUCCUUCCCUCCGCCUUCGCUUUUUCCUUUUCUUCUCCUUUCCUCUCUCCUUCCCCGCCAUGCCUUGCGAUCCUUCUGCCUAGAGAGAAGGAAGACGAAGAGAGACCUCGUAGAGAGAGAAGCGAGAAGAUUAAAUAUAUUUAGAGAGAGAGAGAGAGGAAGGGAGGGAGGAAAAAGAAUAGGUGAUGGGGAAUUGCUUCGGUUCUCAGGUGAAGUCUCUAAGUCCGACGACAACGAGAUCACUCAGUCCAGGGCCAACAUCAAAGACCAGUAUUAGCACCAGCACCACAACUGGGAAGUUGUCAAGCAUCAGCAGUGCCACCUUUGGGCAGUCUAUUGGCAGUAGUGUAAGCCUUGGUGAGGCUUCUCCGGAGGGUCGGAUCCUGGAGGUACCAAACCUUCGAAUCUUUACUUUUGCUGAAUUGAAGGGUGCCACGAGGAAUUUUAAGCCCGACACGGUUCUAGGGGAAGGUGGAUUUGGGAGAGUGUAUAAGGGAUGGGUGGAUGAGAAGACUCUGAACCCAGCAAAGAGUGGGAUGGGGAUGGUUGUUGCUGUGAAGAAACUGAACCCUGAGAGCAUGCAAGGGUUGGAGGAGUGGCAGUCUGAAGUGAAUUUCCUGGGGAGGUUAUCACAUCCCAAUCUCGUCAAGCUCUUGGGCUAUUGCUGGGAGGACAAGGAGCUCCUUCUUGUGUAUGAAUUCCUGAUAAAGGGCAGCCUAGAGAAUCACCUCUUUCGAAGAGGAGCAGCUUAUGAGCCACUCUCUUGGAGCCUGAGGCUGAAGAUCGCCAUAGGUGCAGCACGUGGGCUUGCAUUCUUACAUACAUCAGAUAAAAAGGUCAUUUACCGAGACUUCAAGGCUUCCAAUAUCCUCCUCGACUCGAACUACAAUCCCAAGCUUUCUGACUUCGGAUUGGCAAAACAUGGGCCAACUGGUGGAGACUCGCAUGUCACCACACGGGUGAUGGGCACCUACGGAUAUGCAGCUCCAGAGUAUGUUGCCACUGGACAUCUUUAUGUGAAGAGUGAUGUUUAUGGUUUCGGAGUCGUGUUACUGGAGAUGCUCUCUGGUCAGCGAGCGCUUGAUACUAAUCGUCCGAGUGGGCAACAUAAUUUGGUUGAUUGGGCUAAACCAUACUUAGCUGAUCGUAGAAAGCUGGCAAGGUUGAUGGAUCCGCGGCUUGAGGGACAGUACCCCUCCAAAGGAGCUUUUCAGGCUGCUCAGCUUACACUGAAGUGUCUUGGUGGUGAACCUAAAAGCCGGCCAUCUAUGAAGGAAGUUUUGGAAACAUUGGAGCAGAUAGAGGCCAUGAAAGGCAGGUCGAGGGAGUCUAAGUCUAAAGAUGGCUCCCACCAGCAUGCUACUCCCAACAAUGGCCAGAUUCCAUCAAAGCCCCGAUCCCCACUUAAGUCGAGACAUGAUGGUGUUGAGUAUGGCAUGCGGGCCAACCACCACACUCAUAGAGUAAGUUAACAGAAGCUUUGAUCUGAUUAGUUAUGUAGACCAACAUCAUUUUUGUCUAUUGUAAUCCUAAUGAUUGUAGAUUCUUUCUAGGGUUUGAGGAUGUUGUGAUGAUUUGUAUGGACAAACUGAAAGUGUUCUGAUUCAUGAAAUGAGAAUAUCAUCUUUUAUACUGGAACAACAUAUUUUUUAAGAUAAAUAUAUAGAAAAAUGAAGAGGAGUGACUUCUAUUUCCA